CCUGCAUGUCCUGGCCUGUAGUGACUUUACCGUCUUGUCUAGCCAGCUCUUUCGCGAGCCAUUGUUCAUUUUUCCACAUCUCGGCGAUGCAUCUGCAUGAUCUUUGCAUGGAAAGAAAGUCUCCAGCUCUUCUCCUGGGCGGCGCCAACAGCUGUAGCAAAGAGUGACGUCGCUACUAAGAGAACUACAACAAGAUCCAUGAAAAAACGAAAAAAGAAACCCAUCCAAACUGAAGAAUUGAUGCGAUGUCUAGCAGAGGAGCCUCGUCUUCAGCUCAUUACACCGAGCGCGCCGGGCCGGAGACGAGGAAAUUUGCACGCAAAAAACCUUCUGCGCUGUGUGCGGAUGAAAAAGCUUCUUACCCAGCAUCGUCCACACCCCUGCGUGAUUACAACACUGCGGACGCAAUAAAAACAGCAGCACUUCUUGCUACCGAUAGCGAUAGUACCUCGCAACACGAACUUGCGGCGCUCCUGAGAAUUUGUGCCAAGAGAUCUGCAGUCCACCACAAGAGUACAACUACUCGCACGAGGACCGCCACAGGCUCGCCGCCAAUACAGCCGAAGCGGAGGAGAAAGAGUGCAAUAAGAAUCAGAACUAAAACUACAGCUACAGGCCCACCACGCCAUCUUGCACAAAAUUCCGACCAAUCUGACCCAGU